CAUCCCCCUCCCGGAAGCAUAAUGCUACUAUUACCACCCCCAAAAAUUUCAUAUUAACACAAGCUUCUCUCUGUUUCGCUCUCUAAAAGCUCACACAAAUUGCCUGUAACUGAUCUCAGUUAGCCACACUCCUGAGUCCACUGUUUUGAGCCAUGGCUGCAGCUCUAGAAUGCUGGUCCAGCCGAGCCAGCACAGACGAGGACAUGGUAGAACAAGUCUUAGUGCGAACCCAAGACAGAUCGGAAGGCCCACCGGAAAAUACCUCCUCUUCCUCCUCCACCAACGCCGCCGGCGGAGUUAGAGAGUCAACGGCAAUGCAGAAGCGGUUGCAGAGGCUGAGCCGAAACGUGUCCGAGGCCAUCGCGUCGCUCAAGAACACACUCAACCUCGACUCGGUUCGUGACUCAACGGCUCCGCCUCCUUCGACUCGUGCCGAUAGCUGUCGUAAGCACGUCUGGGGCAGCGUUGUACGGAACUUGACUCAGCUGUACCCUGGUUCUCAGCUCCCGGAGAAGCUUGUCUCCAACCUUCGCAAGCAUUACGAUUCGUUACCACUCAGUUAUGCACAGGCGGGAUUUGAGUUGAAGGAUGUGUUUCUACAUAUUAAAUUGAUUGAGCAAGCGUCAAUCGAAGACCAACCUGCAAUACUGAUUCAAGAAAUGUCUGAUGAUGAAGUACAGGGUUCCGUAUUCAAGCUUACUUUCGCUUGUAACUCGUCGAUUUCGUGGCCGGCAAUGUCCGGUGCACUCGACAGUGCUUCGAUUUGUUGCAAGAAAAUACAGAUCUUUGAGAAAAAGGGGUUCACUUUAGGAAUUAUUAAGCUUUUGGUUCAAUCUGGGCAAGAGAAAAUGUUUAAAGCUCGGAUCGAAAAUGCAUUAAAAUCAGCUCUGAAGAGGCCGAGACCAAUUAAACUUCCGUUUGGGCUUUGUGGUUGUCAAGAGGAAAAUAAUGGGAGGAGAGAUCUUGGAGAGAUAGAAGAGGAUUAUGGUGAACAGAAUUAUAGAAAUGGGAUCGAGAAUUCGAAUCCGAGGGUGAUGCUUAAGAUGCCUUUACCCACUUCAUCUUAUGUUAUAUCAGUUGACGAAUGGCAAACAGUGCAAUCUGGUGGGGAUGAGAUUGGGAAGUGGUUGUUGAACUCUGAUAAUCUUGAGUUUAUCGAUCAUAUUGCCCCAAAUAGUUUCAAGGGAGUUUACAAGGGGAGAAGGGUUGGGAUUGAGAAGCUCAAGGGGUGUGACAAGGGAAAUUCUUAUGAGUUCGAGCUCCGAAAAGAUCUGUUGGAGUUGAUGAGUUGUGGGCAUAAGAAUAUUUUGCCAUUUUAUGGUGUUUGCAUUGAUGAUAAUCAUGGGCUGUGUGUUGUGACUAAGUUGAUGGAGGGUGGAUCAGUUCACGAAGUUAUGAUGAAGAAUAAAAAGCUGCAGACUAAGGAAGUUAUAAGGAUUGCUGCUGAUAUAGCAGAGGGGAUCAAGUUCAUGAAUGAUCAUGAUGUUGCAUAUAGAGAUCUCAAUACACAGGGGAUCUUGUUGGAUAAGCAUGGAAAUGCAUGCUUGGGAGACAUGGGUAUAAUCGCGGCUUGUAAGAGUCUUGGUGAGGCUAUGGAAUACGAAACAGAUGGUUAUCGGUGGCUAGCUCCUGAGAUCAUUGCAGGUGAUCCAGAGAGUGUUACAGAGACAUGGAUGAGUAAUGCAUAUAGUUUUGGCAUGGUUAUAUGGGAAAUGGUGACUGGCGAGACGGCAUACUCUGCAUAUUCACCUGUUCAGGCAGCAGUCGGGAUAGCUGCUUGUGGCCUUAGACCUGAGAUACCGAAGGACUGCCCACAAAUCCUUAGAUCUCUGAUGCUGAAAUGCUGGAACAAUUGCCCUUCAAAGCGUCCUCAAUUCUCUGAAAUCAUAUUGAUGUUGAUGCGUCCCAGCAACACCAAUAACAAGGGUGAGAACUAUAGGGCACCCUCUCUCCCUGGAAGUAUCAGUGGGAUAAUCUCUCAAUCAGUACCACCAGAUUCCAUUCCAAGGGCUGUCACAAGGCUUUCCUAGGUAUGUAUCUGGAGGCUUGAAGCAUUUAUAUGCAGAAUCUGACUAUUAGCAGAGAAAGGUGUAGGUUUUUUCCAUCCUUUUAUAUGAAUCUCAUAAACUCUGAUUUCAUGGUCAAACAUUUGCGAUUGUUCUCUCAGAAAUAUGACUUUCUUCUCAAAUGAGGUGUUUGAGGAAACUGAAUUUUCAUUUAUGUAGUAGGGGUGAAGCU